AUGGAGCCCAACCCAGAGGACAUUGGAAUCAAAAUCUACACUUCUCCACCACCCAAUGACCCGACCAUAAUCCCAUCCUCUGAUCCCCAGGCGGGUCCUGAAGUUGGCAGGAAAAGGCGAGCAGUUGCCAAGGGAGUGCAAAAAACCAUAUCCAAAACAUCAAUGCUUGUCAACUUCCUACCAACCGGGACGCUUCUAACAUUUGAGAUGGUUCUCCCGUCCGUGUCCGGCAAUGGCGUGUGCUCUCCUGUUAGCACCCUGAUGAUUCACUUCCUUUUAGGCCUCUGCGCCCUCUCCUGCUUCUUCUUUCACUUCACCGACAGUUUUCGGGGCCCCGAUGGCACAGUCUACUAUGGGUUCGUGACCCCGAAAGGUUUGGCAGUGUUCAAGACAGGGCUUGGCGUCGAAGUUCCAAAGGAUGAUAGGUACAAAGUUGGGCUCACGGAUUUCGUCCAUGCAAUGAUGUCGGUGAUGGUUUUCGUGGCGAUUGCUUUCUCGGAUCAUCGAGUUACCAACUGCCUCUUUCCUGGACAUGCUAAUGAUAUGGAUGAAGUGAUGGAGAGUUUCCCUCUGAUGGUCGGAAUCAUCUGCAGUUCCCUGUUCUUGGUGUUUCCAAAUACUCGAGUUGGCGUCGGAUGCAUGCCUGCCUGA